GAAUUAAUACAUAGAAUUAAUAAAUUCGAUACCAAAGACCUAGUGGUUAGACCGAUGGAUCAGUGUGAUCUAUUCAGUUCCGCCCAUCAAUAGAAAUAUGUAUAUUUUUUGAGUAUUGGCAUCACUGCUCUUUCCUUCAAGGUAUAUAUAAUUUAUCCCUUUUUUUUAAUAGUUUAAUUCCGAAUCGCCGCUUCUCCAAAAUUCAAAAACUCAUCUCCCUUACUUUCUCUCCGCCAGAAGGAAAACCACUUUUUUCCUCUCAGUCCCAUUCAAUUUCUCUCUUUUGAAUCAAUCAAAACCUUACCAAUUCUAUUUUAACUUCAUUAAUCGAUCUAUACAAUGAGUGGACCCGAGGAGAAUUUGGUUCUUGAAGACAAAAUGCUAAGUCUCCUUGAUGUCUGCUUCGAGGACGAUUGCCUCUACAAUUCUCCUUCUCGCGAUCAUCAAUUUCCCCAUUUUCCAGAAAAGAAAAUUCCUUUUGCAUUAUCUGGCAUCGUGGCAUGUUCAGAUAAACAGACAGAGCACGAAACUGUUCAAAUGGUGGGUUUGGACGAACCGGAAAACUCUCUUGAAGGAGGUGAACAAGCCACUCAACCAUUUGAAUUAGCAGAACAAGAAAAGACAAGAAAAAAUGAAAAGUACAACUUGCGCAAAAGUUUAGCCUGGGACAGUGCUUUCUUCACAAGUGCAGGUGUUUUGGAACCAGAGGAGUUAUCUACUAUUAUAGGAGGAACUGAGAAAGGAGGAAAAAAUCAUAUAUUGCUGGGAAUUGAGGAGGAUAUACACAGAUCUACUGAUUCAAUAUCUACAUUUGCAACUGAUAAUUCAACAUUAGGAACUCUCGAGGAUGACUUAUUUGGAGAUAUAAGAGCUUCAAUCCAGAAAUCUAGUAAAGGAUCCAAUGCAGCAGUUUCACAUGGUAAAGCGGGGUCUGGAGUAAAUGAAGGCCAACUUAUCAAAUCUUCGGAGAAAGUGGACAUUGUUGUUCAAAAAAAGUUAAAGACUAAAGCAGCUCCCAGGAAGCUAACCGUUGCCAUUAAAGGAUCAGGAAAACUGGCAAACCAGGUCUCUCCUACUCCACAAGCUUCAAAGUGUGGUUUGAUGAAUGAAGAGUCGACUUCUUCUGUUCGUAAGCCACCCAAUAGAGCUGGCAGAGUUAGUCCCAUCUUAACAACAGCAACCAAAAGAGCUUCCUUGGGUGCCAACCAUGUCAAAAUGGAAAAGGACAGUGCAAAAUAUUCAACUGGUCAUUCAGAUAAACCAAAGAAUUUGACUGUUAGAGGAGCUAAACCUCCUUAUAUGGGUGGUUCACGAAAUACCGUCCCCAAGCCCACACUUCCUUUCAAGUCCUCUUUGCAAUCAUCAAUGGCAUCUAAGUCGGAGCUAAGAACUUCAUCUUCCACCAUUGAUAGUUUGGGAAGCUUGUCAUCUGACGGUAGCAGUAGAUGUUCUUUGUAUAGUGAGAAAAGAAAAAUUGAUUCCAAAACUGGCAAUCAUUUUUCCACCGUUUCAACUGUCAAAUCCACAUUGAAAACUGAAUCAAGAAGUAAGAAUCAGUCUAUGAGUCCACGUAUCUCACCUUCUGUGACCAAGGCCAAGUUCUUUGCUAGCAUAUCACCUGCUAGUUCUAUCAGUGAAUGGUCUUUGGAAUCGAUGUCACCAACUUCUACCCUUAAUAAAAGAACUAACAGUUCAAGACCUAGCCUUGACACUCGCUUGUGCUCGGAUGCUUAUGACAAUGGUGAUGCUUCCCAAGUUUUGGACUCUCAAAACCAUUCUAGUGACAAAUGCUCAGUGGGACAUGGUACCCAGGUCAUUGGACUGCCAAGUGAGUGUGGAAAGAGAGUUUCAACAGGAAGUGGUGCAGUUGUUCGUCCAGAUUCAAUCAAACCGUCAGGGCUUCGGAUGCCAUCACCAAAAAUUGGCUUCUUUGAUGGGGUGAGAUCAGAAGUGCGCACUCCCAGUGGAAGGAACCAAUCACAUCCAGCUGUACCCAGGGGCUUGCCCAGAUAUGGGGUGGAAAAUGUUAGCCCCAGUGGUAGGUCAAACGAAGCAAAACUUGGAAAGCUUCAACCAAUUGCAUUGGCAGUUCGGGGCACCAAAGCCAGUGCUCAGCAAAAUGCCUCAGAAAUCAAACCUAGACCUCCUUUACCUCUUCAGGCACCCCCAGGUAAUGCAUCAAAGGUCUGUAGUGCUUCAAGAAAUGGAAAAUACUGUCCUGGCAUGCCUCUGAAAGUUCAAAGUAGAAUAUCUCCUGGAAAUGGUAGGCAAGAUAACUUGAAGGCUGAAAAAAUUGCGCCUAAAGAUUGUGAUACAACAAUAAACAAUCCAGACAUUAGGAAUGAGAGCCUACAUAAGAAUAAAAUGAGCCCACAGAGUGAGAACAAAGGUCCUGUAAAAGAUGCAGACUUUACUCGCAUCAUUGGAGGACUUGGUGUUACAUGCAACUUGAGUUCCGUGUCUGAGGCUGAAAACAUAAUCAUGUCACAGAAGGUGGGCGAAAAUGCUGCAUAUGGUCAAAAGAAAAUUUUGGGCUUACUUUCUAACAUCAAUGAGAAGGGAAAAACAUGUUUUGAAGAUCAAGUUGAUCAUUUGGCUUCACAAGUUGGAGCUAUGGAUAUUCAUAGGGAGAUCCAGCAAAAACCUGUUCUUGACUCUUGUUCUCUUCAUCAAGUUAAUGAAAGCAGAGCAGUUAAAACUAGUGCCCAAGAGGAAUUCGCGAAGUUGUUAAUGCCUUCCUCUGCUCUGACCCCUACUAAAGGGGUAAAGGUAGAGAUAUAUGAGAACUAAAGAUGGCUUAACAGUGUAGAAGCAAGUUUCUUUAAGGUAGCUUUGCCCCUGGACUGAGAAUUGUUAAGAGUAGAAAUUAUUUUAUUGAAGAGUCGAAGGGAAAUGAAUAAUGUGUCUUGGAAGAAUGAGAGGGCUGAAGUUACAUGUUAUAAAGCAGUCUGAUGUAGAUUGUAUGAGAAGAAAAUGAAGGUCAUAGAUUAAAGCUGCACACAAUGUGACUAAAGGAGGAAUGAGUUUCAGUUAUGUGAAUGUACAUUUUGUGAGAAUCUCUCUAAAUUUAUAUGAUAUGUUUGGGAUUUCGAGAUUAAAUUGUUAGCAGCCUUUUAUUUUGUGCACAAUGUUCAUUCUGCCAAUAGCUGUGAACGUAUCAUUAAGAACUGAUCCAAAAAAAUAGGACAAUGUUGCUUCUUAAGA